CUCAUUCAUAGAGCCAGCGGGCGCGGGCAGGACGGGCGCCCCGCGGCCGGACCCAGCCAGGGCACCAAGCUGCCCGGCCCCGCGCCUGGCACUUCCAUCCUGAGCUCCCGGAGACGCAAGAAAGUCACCCUUUGCGGCUCUUCCUAGAUCUGCGUUGGACCUUCUUGUUUUCCUUUCCUUUCCUUUUUAUUUUUAUUUUUUUUAUUUUUUUCUUUCUCACUUUUGAAUGAACCGGCUUCUAGGCUUUGGAUGUUUCAACUUCUAGGCUGUGAACUUUUCUCCGACUGUUUCUUUUGACAACUGCGGGAGAAAGUGUUCCGGAGUUCCAGGCGAGCGAGCGGUGAAGUUGCGAGUGCGUGGCAGGGUGCGUGGGAGUGAGCGUGUGUAACUCGAGCUUACUGGUCUACGGUGCCUCCUCCCAGGCCCGCUCCACCUGCUGCGGUUACACGGUGCUCGCUCGUGGGUAUUUGUGCGCCCCAGCAGAAAACCAGCCAGCGCCGGGCGACGUUGGAGGAAGAUCAUCUUGCCAGAGUCUGGGCUGACUCACUCAACCAAUGUAGACAGUGGCUGACUUCCGAAGAGUGCCUGUCUGCCUGUGUGUGUGACCCAACUGCGGCUCAACUCCCACCAAACCACAGGAUCAGCCACAAACUUAACCAGCGUUCCUAAACCAGAGUCCUCAGCUGUGGGAAGCUAUACCCUGAGUGUCAUCGAGUUUGAUUUUUUUUUAAAGAUUAGCUACAGAUCUUUGUAAAGCACUGACCAUUUAUUUGGCCAGUUUAUUGAGAGAAUAAUGACAAGUGAUCCUAUCCCAGCCUUCCAACUACUGAAGCUGAUUUUCAAGGCUACUUAAAAAAAAAAAAAAACCUGCAGCAAACAUUAAUGGAUUUCUGUUGUGUUUAAAUUCUCUACAGAUUGUAUUGUAAAUAUUUUAUGAAGUAGAUCAUAUGUAUAUAUUUAUAUAUAUAUAUAUAUAUGAGCACAUACAUUAGUAGCACAAUCUUUUAAAGUUGAGGCUCUUGCUUUUGAGAAACAAAGUGAGUUUUUCAUGGUAAGAGGGGCGCUCUGUAUGGAAGACACUCCUAAGUUUUGUAUUUUGUUGAGACUCUAAACAAAACUGACCCGCAAGAAAGAAAAACAAACUGACAGGCAACUAACUGCUGGAACUUCCAAAUCUAGUUUUUGCUGGUCAUUUUUUUUUUGUUGUUGUUGUUCUGCGCAUAAAUAUUUUAGGACGUGUACGGGAAUUUUGCCUCCGGGACCGUUUGUAAUAGCCAAAGACUGAACUUCAACUCUCAAAGCGAGGCUUUGAGCAUUUGACUUUGAAUUCUGGUUGCCCACUUUUUAACGCACUAAGCGGCCCGUUGCUAACGCUGCUUGGGUGUGAGGCCAAUCCGUGUAACUAGAUCUCAGUCCGGGACUGAUGGUAAUUUAGUCUCCUACCCCCACAACCCUCCGGUAGUAAUAAAGGCUCCUGAACUUGUAUGUUGGUCUCCCGGGAGCAGCUUGCAGAAGAUCCGAGCCCCUGUCGCCGUCUAGUAGGAGCUGUUUUCAGGGUUCUUACUCAAUCGGCUUGUUGUGAUGCGUAUCCCCGUAGAUGCCAGCACGAGCCGCCGCUUCACGCCGCCUUCCACCGCGCUGAGCCCCGGCAAGAUGAGCGAGGCGCUGCCGCUGGGCGCCCCGGAUGGCGGCGCCGCCCUGGCCAGCAAGCUGAGGAGCGGCGACCGCAGCAUGGUGGAGGUACUAGCUGACCACCCCGGCGAGCUAGUGCGCACCGACAGCCCCAACUUCCUCUGCUCCGUGCUGCCCACUCACUGGCGCUGCAACAAGACCCUGCCCAUCGCUUUCAAGGUGGUGGCACUGGGGGACGUCCCAGAUGGCACUCUUGUCACCGUCAUGGCAGGCAACGAUGAAAACUACUCGGCAGAGCUGAGAAAUGCUACCGCGGCCAUGAAGAACCAGGUGGCAAGAUUCAACGACCUCAGGUUUGUCGGGCGGAGUGGUAGAGGCAAGAGCUUCACUCUGACCAUCACCGUCUUUACAAACCCGCCACAAGUUGCCACCUACCACAGAGCCAUCAAAAUCACAGUGGACGGCCCCCGAGAACCCCGAAAUGCCAGGCAGAUCCAGCCGUCCCCACCAUGGUCCUAUGACCAGUCCUACCAGUACCUGGGAUCCAUCACCUCUUCCUCUGUGCACCCAGCGACACCCAUUUCACCCGGCCGUGCCAGCGGCAUGACCAGCCUCUCUGCAGAACUUUCCAGUCGACUCUCAACGGCUCCGGACCUGACAGCCUUUGGCGACCCGCGCCAGUUCUCUACGCUGCCGUCCAUCUCUGACCCGCGCAUGCACUACCCAGGCGCCUUCACCUACUCGCCGCCCGUCACGUCGGGCAUUGGCAUCGGCAUGUCAGCCAUGAGCUCGGCCUCUCGCUACCACACCUACCUGCCACCGCCCUACCCCGGCUCCUCGCAGGCGCAGGCCGGGCCCUUCCAGACCGGCUCGCCCUCCUACCAUCUAUACUACGGCGCCUCGGCCGGCUCCUACCAGUUCUCCAUGGUGGGCGGCGAGCGAUCGCCUCCGCGCAUCCUGCCGCCCUGCACCAACGCAUCCACCGGCGCCGCGCUGCUCAACCCCAGCCUCCCCAGCCAGAGCGACGUGGUGGAGACCGAGGGCAGCCAUAGCAACUCGCCCACCAACAUGCCCCCCGCGCGCCUGGAGGAGGCCGUGUGGCGGCCCUACUGAGCUGAGCGCCAUUGCCAUCGAGGGACUGAGCUCGCCAUCCAUGCACAGACCCCGCCAGGAGGGCCCUUGGAGGCCAACAGGAAGAAUCCCGGAGGGAAACUGUGAAUGCUUCUUAUUUAGCAAUGCUGUGAAUAAAAGAAAGAUUUUAUACCCUUGACUUCACUUUUUAACCACGUUGUUUAUUCCAAAGAGUGUGGAAUGUUUUCUGUUCGGGGUGGGGAAGACACAGCCCAUCCUGUUUGGCAUCUAUUUCUUAUUUCGGAGUUUUCUUUUCCGCACCUUAUCGAUUGCAAAAAUGCCUGUUUGCAUCUGGGUGGUCGUUUAUUUUUAUGUGUGUAUAGAUUUGAGCUUGCUUUUUUCUUCCUUUGACCAACUCAAAGAAAUAAAAUUCCCUUCUCUGUAAGGUUUAUUUAACUUUUAGACUUUCAUGUAGCUGGGGGUUUUAUUUGUGUUUGGUUUUUGUUUUUAUUUUUAAAGAGAGAGCUACAGCUUUGGGUCAUUUUUUUAACUACUGUAUUUCCACAAAGAAAUCCCUAGAUAUUUAUGUAUCUUGAUGUUUGAACAUUUACAUAUGUGUUGAUACUUUUUUAAUUAUUUAAAUGUACUUAUAUUAAGAAAGAUAUCAAGUACUACAUUUUUCUUUAUAAUAGCCAAAGUUAAAUAUUAUUGCGUUGAAGAUGUCUGGUAAAAAAGAGAUCGCUUGGUUAUCUAGAAAUAUUGUUUACAUUAAACUCCCUUUAUGUUAUUCAAACAAGUUGGUAGGUAAUGCAGCAAUGUUUUUAAUUGGUUUGUAGACACUGAGGGUCACUCCAAGGUCAGAAGUACAACAUUUUCUGCUAGGCUCAACAAAUAGUCUGGUACCUGGCUCCUUCCCUUCAAAAAGAGAGGCAAAACUCUGUCCUGAAAGGGUUCAGAGAGGUGCCAAGGAUUUGCUCUGAAGAAGAUUUCAUUUUGGCCUGGAAAUAUACUUGCCCCAAGGCCUCUUCAUUCAGGCAUGCUUCAUCACAGAGCUCAACCAAGUAAGCUGUUGGUCAGGGGUUUAUUUACAUAGUAUCUAUAUAGACCCCAACCACUGAAUGUGAUUCUUAAAUUGCCUUCCAGUAAUAGUACCCGUUCAUUGAUGAAAACCAAAACUCGAGGCUGUACCCCAAAGAUCCAAAUGGAAGAGGUAAGACCAGGUGCCUUUGAGGCCCAAGGGCUGACUUUUAAGAAAGUCUGAAGGAGCUGGUUUCCCUCUCCCAGUCAUGAGAGACAGGUACCACCCACCAGAGCAGGAUGCUCUCAGAAGCUGCCCCUUCACCAGCAUCUCCUUCAACCAGGCGGAUGCAUGCAUCAGUGUGAUAGAUCCCUGUCUCUGCAGUCUGCCAUGGCUACGGUUCAGAUGUGCAUCGUGUCACUGUAAAUGUCAUGGUACUAUUGUUAUAGUGGAGGACUUGGUCAAAAUCCAGGUGUUCUACAACGUAUGAAGCCUAACUGCUGGUUCUGACAUACAUGUGCUCAAAAUGAUCUGGUUGGUUGGAUUUUUUUGUUGUUGUUUUGUUUUUUUAAUGUACCUCUUAAAUUAGUUGAAGUGAUGUCAGGUCAACUCUGAAGAGCGUUUGAAAGCAGGACUUCAGGACAGUGUUUGAUUUUUUUAUUAUUAUUAAUAUUAUUUUAUAAAUUUAAGCAUUCAGAUUAGAUCUUUGGCUGCAGGCAGCAAAAACAGCUGGACUUAUUUAAAAAAAAUACAGGUUGUUUUUUGAGUUAUCUAUAUCUAUAUCUAUAUAUUGAUUCUUUGUCUUACGUAGAGCAGCAGCACUUUGAUAACCUGUGAUAUACCAGGUUGCUCUCGUCUGGAGAAGAGCGCUAGCAGGAUUCAGAGAAACUCAGAAUAGAUUUUCAUAUCAGACAUACCUUCCUCCUCCAUCCGGUCUCCACUCACUUAUUCCACAGAACACGUCGACAGCUGUGUUGUCAGAAAAAUUAAAAACAAAAUAGUUUCUCAAAAGGAGUUUAUUUCUCCAACAUUAGAUGUUCCUCUUACCAUAGGCUGCCGUGUCUGGCCUGA